GCGGGCCGGGCCGGGCCGGGCCGGGCGGGGCGGGGCUUAGUCAGGCAGCGGCGGGCGUCGCCUCUCGGAGUUCCGUGGGGCGCGCGGCGAUGGCUGGGCCCGGGGCGUGGGGCCGGCUCCGCUUCUUGCUCCUCAGCGUCAGCUUCUGGUCCUUGAUAUCAGCCCAGGUGAAGGACACACAAACCAUUCAAGUGCCUGAGAACAACCCAAUUGAAAUACCCUGUGCUGCGUACGUAUCGCAAAACGGAAUACCCAGGGUCGAGUGGAAGUUUGAAAAGGGCUCUUCAAUAGUGCUGUUCUAUUAUGAUUCCAAAUUCACAGACCCCUACAAAGGCCGUGCUCAGUUCAGACCCACAGGCAUUCAUUUCACCUCGGUGACUCGGAAGGACACGGGGAAGUAUAUCUGCGAGGUCCUCUGGACUGGGAGCGGUGGCAGUGGCCAACUGAGAAAGUCAGAAGUGGACCUCAUUGUCCAAGUGCCUCCGUCCAAGCCCGUUGCCAAGGUGCCCACCUCGGUGACAAUUGGCAACAAAGCUGUGCUGACGUGUAAGGAAACAGAUGGGUCUCCACCCCCUACCUUCCAAUGGUACAGGGACAACAUCCUGAUGCCCUCCAACCCCAAGAUCAAUGAGAAAUUCAGGAACUCCUCCUACACCAUUGACACAAAGACUGGAGUGCUGACAAUUGAGCCUGUAACCAGCUUCGACACGGGGGAUUAUUUUUGUGAGGCUCAGAACAACGUGGGGACCGCUCAGAAAUCAGAAGCCAUCCACUUGGAAGCCACUGAAGUCAAUGUGGGCGGUAUUGUGGCAGCUGUGGUCGUGCUGCUAAUCGUGCUGGCACUGGUUGCCUUCGGCAUCUGGUUUGCCUACAGACGUGGCUUUUUCAGCAAGAGAAGAGGCAGCACUAAUAAGCAAGUUAUCUACAGCCAGCCCUCCAACCGGAGUGACGGAGAAUUCAAACAGACCUCGUCCUUCCUGGUGUGACAUUGGCCCUGGCUUGGAUCCCCCUCUUCUGCUGACGUCCUGCCCCUUGCCCCAUGAACUGCUGUAAAUGUUCUGUGUGAAUUACUGUAACACUGCAAUUUUAACUUUUUUUUUUUUUAAAGUUACACCUAGUGCCUUGUUGGUCCUGUUCUAGACUCUCCCUGUCCUGUAAAUCCGUGGGGCUGGAGUCUUGCCCGCUGCACUGCAGGCGACUUCACAGAAACCAGCGUUAUUUUCCUAAGAGCAACAGACGACAAACCCAGCUGCUGAACACACCCAGCAGAGGGGCUCCCCUGCCACUUGCUGGCGUUGCAGAUUGCUCACCCUGCUUUGGGGACAUCAGCUAGCACAGGGCUUUCCCAAGGAGGGUGAAAUUCCACCCAUGCAGCAGGCCAAUGUAAGGCCUUUGCAGCACCGUAGUGCCACUUAAGCUUAUCUGACGGUUUUAUGCUGCCAGAGGUGGCAGGCUAGGGAGCCGUGGUUAUGCUAAAGCACUGAAUGUAGGGAAUGCAAGUAUAUUUUUGUGACUGUAGAAGAUCGUUGUGUGGUCCCCAUCAUCACUGCUAUACUAGUGUGUCAGGAUGUCAUCUUUUGGUGUCUGAACAGGUUGAAUUCUACAUCUCCCUGGAGCAGGAGGUGAUUGGUGAGAAGGGAUUAGGGGCAUAGCAAUGAGAUCUGAGGGAACUUGCUCACCUCUCCCUUGGCCUGUGAUUUGGUUGUGAGGCAGCAGAGAUUUAAAAUCCAAUCCAGGAGAAAUCAAGAACUUCUUCCCACUGAUUUACUGCCCUGCUUCAGCCAUCUUGGCAGGGCCAGGAGAGCCUUCCAGAAGAGCUUGGUUCUGUCUGGCAUUUUUGGGCCAAACCUUGAUUGAGAACAGGUUGGCUGGCAUGGUGUGGAGAUGGAGUUCACACCCUGCUAUGGACCAUAUCUGAAAGGUGGGGGGCUGCAGUGAGACCUAGUGAUGCAGGGUUGUGGGGUGCAUUUGGCUUCCUUAAGGGGGAAGCUCUGGGCUCUUCCUCAAGGCUGGUGCUCUUAAAGGGUUGGCAUUGAGUUGCCUUGUGCUGCUUCACCCCACACUCCCCACAGCAACACCGGGGCACCCAACUCGGCUGGUGUGGCCAAGUGGCUGCUCAUGCUUGGGAAGGAAGAUGCAAUCAGCUUUCGCGUUGUUAGUUUUUGGGUAGCGCUUUGCAUGGAAGAUGCUCUGCGGGGCAAAUGGCUGCUCAACUGGUGCCUGGGUGAGAUGGUUAAAGGUGUGUAGGUGCCUUAUGACCAUUUACCAAGACCCUGUGGUGUGAAGGGGCCUUAGUGCAAAUGAGACAGACCUGUAGAGCUGAAUGGGAAGGAGGUGAGUGGCUAGAUCCCUGGGCACUCAGCCUUUUUAACAUUGAGCUAUGCAGACAUGCCUACAGAUCCCACAUCUAGGUGACAGAUUUCCUGACAAUAUCAGGGUUGUCCCGGUGUUAGGGGCUUUGUCUUGUAUACUCAACAACAUCCCCCUGCUGUCCAUGCCCCUCCCCCCCGAAAGGGUCCCAAUUUUUCCACUAUCUGGUCACCUCAACCUCCGUAUGAAUGGCAGGAGUUUUGAACCACCACACAUCUGGAUCCACUGAGAAAUACUUGUAGGGAAGGAGCCUGUUGCAGGAAGCAGGAAAGGGGCCACUGCAAGGCUGCGGUAGAUGGUGCCUCAUCCAUGAAAUCUGUAUUUUUCUCUUGCGGGGCUCCAAAGCAAACUGGAUCGGUUACCAGGAAUAAUGGAGGUUGGAAUCAAAUCCUUCACUUUGUUGGGUCACAGUGCGUAACCACCCUGGCAAGAGCUCUUCAGGAGGCUGUCCUGCAAGCAGAGGCUGUAGGGCCAGACUCCUCUCCAACAGCUGGACAGAUUUAACUGUGCGGCUGCUUUUUAUUACAGUUCAACAAAAGAAACCUUACCAGACCUUAACUUGAAAGCCUGAGACACUGUAAUAGUCACUUUUUAAACCACUUUAAAAUACUUGUGUAAUUUUAUCUAUUUGUAACUGGAAAUAAACCCUUUGGUUUGA